AUGGGCCUUUUCAACUCCAAAAAGAUUCCUCAACCGCCACUUCCUGACCUAGCAGUACAUAUCCAUGAUGCAGCAGACAAAGUCUACAGACCAGACGACGUUGUCAGUGGGCAGAUUGUAUUGAAGCCUGUCGCAUUUAUUGAGCCCGAAGCCCUUGAAGUCUCCCUGUUCGGACAAUCACUAAUAUGGUAUCGUACGAGUAGCACCUCAAGGAAUAAUGACGGUUCAAGUGGUAGCACCAGUUACAGUCAUUGGCGAGACAACGCACCGCUAUUCAAGGAAACACAGGAUAUUCUACACGCAGUAACCGCUAUGUCUAACGACGGGAAGAAGGGAAAGCAGCAAGUGAAUUCGCGAUUCGAGGCCGGUCAAACGUAUACGUUUCCCUUCAAAUUCACGUUCCCUAGUGAGACUGGCAACACACGAUAUGGCCAGUACAAGAACGAUUCCGAUAAGAAAUACGACAUUGGACCACAUGACCUACCUCCCACCUUCCUCCUGACCAACCGUGGCAAGACAAAGGACGUCGGCAUAGAUGCAGACUUUGCGAAAUCGAAUACGGUAUACGAGCCAGACUGA